AAUAACAAUUCACGUUUGUGGAGACACUUUUCUAUAGAAACACCUAUAAUUGCAGUAGCAGAGAUGUCUACUGAUCAGCAAAAAGAUGAGCGGCCUUCAGCCAACAAUGAGGCAGAGAGCAUGACUCAUACUGGUGCUAUGGCGUUGGUGAAAAAGGAACUGACAGACAUUAUUAAGUCGGACCCAUUGCUGUGUGACCUACCGCCGGAGAUAACCCUGGAUGAGAUCAACUCCCAAGUCGCCCUGGAGUAUGGGCAGGCCAUGGUGGUGAAUGUGAUAAGGGCAGAUAACCAGGUCAUGGGAGUUGUCGUUACCCAGAAUGCCACUGUGUUGGACCUGAAACACGCCAUCAAGCGACACUUUCUGCUUCACCAGUCCAGGAUAGGGGGGACCACAGUGCUGAGCUGGAGGUACAUAUGGAAAAGACACUGGUUGUAUUAUGAUGGGCAACGGCUGUCUGAGAAUAAUGAUAAGCUUAAAGAGUACGGUAUUAGAAACAAGGACGAAGUGACAUUUGUAAAGAGGCUGAGAGAAAGAUGAAGAAAUGUUUUUUAUGGAUGAACUAUGACUGAGCAGUGCUUGGAACAAGCUAGAGGGAGAUUAGGAAGAAGGAGCUCCCCAGAGAAAAACUGUUCCCUUGGUGUCUUUUUCUCUUUUAAAAAGUUUGUGGAAACUUCUCCCUUUUCAAUCCCUUGGAAUAUUUUCAAGGUUCAGUCACCAUUGUGGUACGUGGUUCGACAGAUUCUGAGCAGAAAAUUAAAUCCAGAAGACAUUGUAAAUGUAAACUCAGAUUUAAAGUGUUGUGUUCAGUGGUUCAUGAUGUUUAUGGCCUGGUUUCACAUGUGGAUCAAGUGUUAUUUAUAAGUAAUAAGGGACGCUUGUUUUUACUGUAUGUUCAAGAAUGUUGUAUAUAUAUUGAUAAGAGAUUUCCACCUAGAGACAUCGUGAUUUGUUAAGGUAAGGUUUGAAUGUAUUGACUACUAUGAAGGUUAACAUGUAUUAUUAUCCCCAGCCUAUGAAAUAGGGAGGGGGAUAUUGAAAUGGCGUUGUCCGUCCGUCCUUCUGUCCGUCUUUCCUUCCGUCCGUCCUUCCUUUCGUCCGUCCGUCACCUGCGUUUUCUCAGUAACUAGCUGGUAUAAUUUUAUGAAACUUAAAAUAAAUAUGAACCACUAUACUGGAAUGAUGCCUGUUCAUUUUUUUUUUGGAUUGGUCAAUUGUACUUUGGAGUUAUUGCCCUUGAUUUUUUGAAAAACUCAUUUACAGCCAUUUCUCAGUAACUAGUUGGUAGAAAUUCUUGAAACUUGAAAUGAAUAUGAACCUACAUACUGCGAUGAUGCCUGUUUAUUUAUAUUUUGGAUUGUGUAAUUUCUGUAUGAGUUAUUUGCCCUUGAUUUAUUAAAAGAUCCAUGUUUGCAGCCUUUUCUAUGCAACUAGCUGGUAGAAAUUCAUGACACUUGGAAUAAAUAAGAACCAACAUACUGUGAUAAUGCCUGUCUAUUUUUCUUUUGGAUUGAUCAAUUUUCCUUAGAGUUAUUGCCCUUGAUUUAUUAAAAAAUCAUUGUUUGCAGCCGUUUCUCAGUAAAACCAAUGUGCUUAUCUUAUUGUUUCUGAGAUUUUUUUUAACCUUCAAGCACAAACAAGCCAUCAAGCACAAACAAGCCAUCGUUGGUGGGGGAUAUCUUUUCACUGAAAAUGCUUGUUUUAAUACAAAGACUAGGCUACAAUUAAUAAAUAGUUUGGUUUAAGCCACAGAAAUACUGGCCCCCCAAUGUUCUUUAGCCUCUUCUAUGGUCAUUUAAAAAAAAUCCUUCUGGAAUUAAGGGGUAAGGAAGUAAAUACCGAACAACCUUCCCACACCUCAGUGUGGAUCGAUUAAUGCUAAAAAAAAGAUUGUAGCCCUUGAUAACAACUACAUGGCAUGCUAGUGGAUUGCUACUGCAUUGCAUGGUGCUUGAUGCAUUUUCAAGUCUCAUUGCAGAUUCCCGGUACAAUUUGGAACAAUUUACACAGUUUAAGAAGAAUUGAUCUUAUUCUUUGCACACAAAAAGCAUGGUCAAGAUGAAAUGCACUAGUGCAUUACCAAUAGUUUAUAUUGAAGUUUCUGGAGCAAACUAAUUAACUACUUACAACUUAAAAGGGAUUCUUUUGAAAUUUGAUAGACAAUGUCACAUGCUUGGCAUAUUUUCUGUGAGCAGCAACCAAUUUGUCCUCGAGUAAUCUGCCCUUGUACUUACAGCUAACAUUGUAACUAUAUAUGUAUAUAUUAUAUAUAUAGGUUUAUGAGGGAUUGUUCUGAUACAUGGUUUACAGUAUAACCAUAAUGUGCCGGACAAACUCUUAAUUAGCUGCAAAAAAUCAUCUUAAACUAUGUGCACUUGCUUGUAAAAUUAUUGCUUUCCAGGCUUGCUCACAUUCUAGAUCUAACACUGCAGGGCUUGCUCACAUUCUAGAUCUAACACUGCAGGGCUUGCUCACAUUCUAGAUCUAACACUGCAGGGCUUGCUCACAUUCUAGAUCUGACAUAGCAGGGCUUGUUCACCUUCUAUAUCUGACAUAGCAGGGCUUGCUCACAUUCUAGAUCUGACAUAGCAGGGCUUGCUCACAUUCUAGAUCUGACAUAGUAGGGCUUGUUCACCUUCUAUAUCUGACAUAGCAGGGCUUGCUCACAUUCUAGAUCUGACAUAGCAUGGCUUGUUCACAUUCUAUAUCUGACAUAGCAGGGCUUGGUCACAUUCUAGAUCUGACAUAGCAUGGCUUGUUCACAUUCUAGAUCUGACAUAGCAUGGCUUGUUCACACUCUAGAUCUGACAUAGCAUGGCUUGUUCACAUUCUAGAUCUGACAUAGCAUGGCUUGUUCACCUUCUAUAUCUGACAUAGCAGGGCUUGUUCACAUUCUAGAUCUAACACUGCAGGGCUUGCUCACAUUCUAGAUCUCACAUAGCAUGGCUUGUUCACAUUCUAGAUCUGACAUAGCAUGGCUUGUUCACAUUCUAGAUCUGACAUAGCAUGGCUUGUUCACAUUCUAGAUCUGACAUAGCAGGGCUUGCUCACAUUCUAGAUCUGACAUAGCAGGGCUUGCUCACAUUCUAGAUCUAACACUGCAGGGCUUGCUCACAUUCUAGAUCUCACAUAGCAUGGCUUGUUCAUAUUCUAGAUCUAACAUAGCAUGGCUUGUUCACACUCUAGAUCUGACAUAGCAGGGCUUGUUCACAUUCUAGAUCUGACAUAGCAGGGCUUGCUCACAUUCUAGAUCUGACAUAGCAGGGCUUGCUCACAUUCUAGAUCUAACACUGCAGGGCUUGCUCACAUUCUAGAUCUGACAUAGCAUGGCUUGUUCACAUUCUAGAUCUGACAUAGCAUGGCUUGUUCACAUUCUAGAUAUGAUAUAGCAGGGCUUGCUCACAUUCCAGAUCUAAUAUAGCAGGGCUUGUUCACAUUCUAGAUCUGAUAUAGCAGGGCUUGCUUACAUUCCAGAUCUAACACUGCAGGGCUUGCUCACAUUCCAGAUCUACUAUAGCAGGGCUUGCUUACAUUCUAGAUCUGACAUAGCAGGGCUUGCUCACAUUUUAGAUCUGACAUAGCAGGGCUUGCUCACAUUCUAGAUCUGACAUAGCAGGGCUUGCUCACAUUCUAGAUCUGACAUAGCAGUGCUUGCUCACGUUCUAGAUCUGACAUAGCAGGGCUUGCUCACAUUCUAGAUCUGACAUAGCAGGGCUUGCUCACAUUCUAGAUCUGACAUAGCAGGGCUUGCUCACGUUCUAGAUCUGACAUAGCAGGGCUUGCUCACAUUCUAGAUCUGACAUAGCAGGGCUUGCUCAGAUUCUAGAUUUGACAUAGCAGGGCUUGCUCACAUUCUAGAUUUGACAUAGCAGGGCUUGCUCACAUUCUAGAUCUGACAUAGCAGGGCUUACUCACAUUCUGGAUCUAACAUAGCAGGGCUUGCUCACAUUCUGGAUCUAACAUAGCAUGGCUUGUUUAAAUUUUGAUGCCAAGUAUAGUGUAAGAAUUCAGGUUUUGUCAUCUAAAAAUGUAAUUUCAAUGACUGUAUUAAGUAUACUCUUAUAGCUUUAUGUGUUUUUAUGUGUAAACUACUUCCACAGGUCAGUAGGGAUUGUUUCUGUACUUUGUUCACACUAUCACCAUAAUAAAUACUUAUCAAGUGUCUCACUUACUUUUGUCAGCCAUAGCUAGUUCAUCUUAGGGUCAUGUGCACUUGAACAUGGGCGUUAUCUAUUGAACUGCUUCCACAGAAACUUGGUACAAAGUUCAGUCAUUAUUUUUAUGUUACUUAUUCAAAUGGAAGUUUUUUGAUGUUGAGUUAAUCACCAUGUUUAUUUGAUUAUUAGCCUGAUAAUUGCAUUAUAGAAUCAUAUUUAGGCUUCUAUUUCUAACGGGUUGUUGACUUCAUAAUUUGUAAUACAUUGCUUCUGUUGCUAUAAUUUGUAAUACAUUGCUUCUGUUGCUAUAAUUUGUAAUACGUUGCUUCUGUUGCUAUAAUUUGUAAUACGUUGCUUCUGUUGCUAUAAUUUGUAAUACGUUGCU